AGAGCCUCUCAUCUGCCCAGCCCACUGCCAUUGAGCAAUGACAGGGACAGGUGUUAGAAGCAGGGUGGUGAGGAAGAGGUCAAGGAUAGCCUGGGAAGGCCCCUGAGGGGGUGGAUGGGAUUUUUCAGGGCAGCUGGUUGGAGUGGCCAGCUAUUCAGAUGUCUCCAGCAGUAGACAUGUAAAAGCUGGCCAGCAAUCAGGCUGUCCACUCAUCCAGACAAUGCAUUGCACAUGGUGCCCUGGGCUGGUCCGUGAGAUGCACAGCUGCAGUCAACCUCCCUGAGGUGGCAUGUGGAGCUCCCUACUACCAACGUCCUGAGAUUGAGUGACUACCUGCUAUUUGCCAUCAUCUCCCAGCAUGGACAGGGGCAGCCUUCUGCCCUUCCAGCUCUGGUGCCCCCGACCCUUCGGCACAUAUUCCCAGAACCAGCCACGCCCACCUUCCACAGCCCUCAAGCCGCCAGCCUGCUCUGACACAAGCAAUGGAACUGAGCCUGACCACGGACCUGCACACUCAGAGAACACACCACCUACCUUGGCUGCAGAAGCCCCCACCUCCCAGCAUGCUCCACUUCUCUCUUCAACAGCUGCUGGUGAUGAGGGUCGGGUCCUGCUGGACACGUGGUAUGUAAUCAAGCCUGGAAACACAAAGGAAAAGGUGGCCUUCUUUGUGGCCCACCAGUGUGGUGGAGGUAGCCGGGCUAGCUCUAUGAAGGUCAAAGGGCACUGGGGCAGUGAUAGUUCCAAAGCCAAGAGGAGGAGGCGCUGCCUUGAGCCCACCAAGGCUCCUCCAGACCCAGGGGGCAGAAGAGGAGCCCCUGCCACUGAGGGGGCUCCUACAACAUCCGGAGAAGAUGUAGACCUGCUCUCCGUAGCGGAAAUGGUGGCCCUGGUCGAACAGAGAGCUGCCUUGGCCCUACAGAGUUACCCACGCCCCACCACCCCAGCUCCGGUGGUCUUCGUGUCAGCUGAGCAGGGGGGACCAGCCAAGGGGUUAGGGUCAGAAAGACGAUCUGGUGGUGGUGACUGUAGCCGAGUUGCUGAGGCAGUGGCCCACUUUGAAGCCCAGCGGGACAGCCCUCCAACCAAGGGUCUCCGCAAGGAGGAGCGGCCAGGUCCUGGGCCUGGUGAAGUGCGGAUCGCUUUCCGCAUCUCCAAUGGCCGAGAGCCCUGUUCGCCAGAUGGCAAUUUACCUGCUUGGAGUGGAGGCCAGUCUGGUAGUCCCUACCCUGGUAGUCCUGGUCCUGGGGCUCGAGCCAAAGACAAAAUCACCUGUGAUUUGUACCAGCUUAUCAGCCCCUCCAGGGAUGCCCUUCCCAGCAACAUGGAGUUCCUCCUGGCCAGGGCAGACGAAGCCAGUGAAGGUGAGACACCAACCCCGGCCAGGCCUGAGGAUACCCCCCCAGCCCCUCCUCCACCCCCUGCCAGGGACUGUGGAGCAUCAGGGUUCCAUGUGGAUGUGGUGGUGACAGGUGUGGUGGAUGAGUGCAUCUUCUUUGGCAAAGAUGGCACCAAGAACGUAAAGGAAGAGACUGUCUGCCUGACAGUGAGCCCUGAGGAGCCACCCCCACCUGGCCAGCUCUUUUUCCUCCAGUCCCGGGGUCCAGAAGGGCCGCCUGAGCCACCCCCAGCUGAUACACCAAGCACAGUGCCAGGUCCCGACGAUUCAGAGGGCACAACGGACACCUCCUUGUGCCGCCUGUACCGGCACGUGUCGCAUGACUUUCUGGAGAUUCGCUUCAAGAUCCAGCGACUUCUGGAGCCACGGCAGUACAUGCUGCUGCUGCCUGAGCAUGUGCUGGUCAAGAUCUUCAGCUUCCUGCCCACCCGAGCCCUGGCAGCCCUUAAGUGUACCUGCCACCACUUCAAGGGCAUCAUCGAGGCUUUUGGUGUGCGUGCCACGGACUCGCGCUGGAACCGGGACCCACUCUAUCGCGAUGACCCUUGUAAGCAGUGCCGCAAGAGAUAUGAGAAGGGCGACGUGUCACUCUGCCGCUGGCACCCCAAGCCCUACCACCAUGACCUGCCUUAUGGACGUUCCUACUGGAUGUGCUGCCGCAGAGCCGAUCGCGAGACACCAGGCUGUCGCUUGGGCCUGCACGACAACAACUGGGUGCUGCCGUGCAAUGGAGUGGGAGGGGGCCGAACUGGCCGGGAAGAGGGAAGGUGAAGCCUGGGGAUGAGGGGACUAACCCCUUCCCGCUUUGCUGGGAGCUGGGGACCAGGACUGAGUCACCAGCCAACACCUACCAGUCCAUCCAGCGUUGAUCUCCCACUAGAACUGGGACCAGGUUUGGGGGUCAGUGGGUAAAUACCCUGGUUGACCCCUGUUAGUUUUCUAUUCUUCAGAGCCAGGGCCAUGGACCCUCAGAGAGGGUUGUGUUUUUUUGUUUUUUAUCAGCAUCUCAAUUGCAACUCGAUCAAGCCCCAACCCCAUCCCUGAGUCUCUCCACCCCAGGGACCCACCAGCAGGGAGCAGAUGGCAGCUAAUUUUGGUACCACCUGAGGCAUUUCUCAAGCUGGCCCUCCCCAUUCUGUGCCUCCCCGAGUUCUUUGUUCACCCAAAGGGCUGCAGUCUCUAAGGUUGACACCUCCAGGCCAUUAGCUCGCAACUCAAGUCAACACUUUUUGGAGGCAGGCAGCCCACCAUUUCUAGAUGUUUUCCUCAUUAAAUAAAAAAAUGAUUUCUUCUAAACUACCAGUCUCUCCCUCCCCCAACCCAGGGAAAGUGGGUGAGAUCCCCUCAAGUAUAGAGAUCCCUCUUUAAGCUCUUGUCACUGACUCCCCAGUAAAGCUGUGAAACCCCUUGCCUCAGAGGGCAAGGACAGUGGGUCUGAAUUCCAGGUGAUCUUCCUUCCACGUGGGUACUCAGUGAGGCAUUCAGGUCUCUACACCGUCCUCCCCGCACCUUUUGCUUAGGUAGGCCUUGACUUUUAGGCAGUUUGGUCCAAGAUCUUUUUUUAAUUUAUUUUUCUAUUGGCUUUUCGAGACAGGGUUUACUGUGUAGUCCUGGCUAUGCUGGAACAAACUCUGUAGACCAGGCCUGGCCUCAGACUCAGAGAUCCGCCUGCCUCUGCCUUUGAGUGCUGGGAUUAAAGGCCUGGGCCACCACCUGGCAAUUCAAGAUCUUUUUGUUUGAGGUUUUUCCUCUUUUGGGGGUUUUUAUUUUGUUUGUUUUCUCUUUCAUUGUGGUUCUGGAAGCUUCUAGUGUGUGGCAUCUGACCAAUUUUGAAUUGGUCCUUUCUAUAAAAUCAAUAUUUAUAAAGCAGGGCCAGACUGGUCUGUGUGAUGUUAAGGGAGGGGAUUUGGUAGCAGAGACAUCCAUAGGUCUGUGCUUGGCAGGGUGGGAUGGAAAGGAGUAGGAGACCCCACCUCAGUCCCUCUGCCUGCAAGUAUUUAAGACUCCUAUCAUCUCUCACUUAGUAUUUUUUAAACAUCUCGAAAUAGUAGUGGCUUAAACAAGAUCAUUUUUACUUCUCUCAAGAGUCCAGUGUUGGGUAAGUACGUGACCCUCAUCAUUCCGUGGUGCUUCAGCAGUGACCCUCAUCGCUGUGGUCUAUGACUGCAGGAAUUCCUGCUGUCCCUAUUGUGCAGGAAGGGAAGUCCCCUUCAUGGUAGAGGUGCUACAUGGGCUGUGAAUACUUCUCAUUCAUCAGAACUCGACAGCUUCUCAUCUUUAUAUACAGAUAUGCCAGGGAUGCAAUUCAAGUUAAAAACAAGGUUUUUCCAUUCUCAAUAUUUUUUGCAUGUGUGUGAGAUGUGUGGGUAGUUCUUUUGGAAC